AUGCUCAAAAAAGUCAUUGAACCUUCCCGAAGCACUGUUGAUUGUCUCUCCGAUGACGAGCAGCAUAUGAAUGAUGAACAAGACAAUGAUGACAAUAUUACCAUCUCAAAUAGGAUGGAUACAUUAUUGCCUUCACCAUCAACGACUCGACAAACUUUUACCACACGACUGAAAAAUGAAAAUACGACCAUUCAUGUCAUUGGUGUUUGUUAUUUCAUAGUAUUACAAGGAAGGAUAAAGAUUAUGGGAAGAAUGAUAGAAUCGAGUCAUCAAUCCUAUUUCUUGAAUGCUUCAUGUCAAUUUGGAAUGAUUCCAAUUGAAAAUUGUGGUAAAGAACAAGCAACUAUUGAAUUUUACAUUCCCGAUUCCAUAGCAUCUGAUGAUCAGAUGAAAUUUGAUCAAUUUGUAAGAUGCUUUUUCAUUCACAGAAAUAUGCAAAUCUUCAAUAAUCAAAAAUUGGACAAAUCCAAACGCAAGUUAAAAUCUCUUUACAUAUUUUCAGCAAAUGAUGAAAGUGUUCCUUCACAUCCAUUGAAAUUUUCUUUUGCAGAUAAUUUUAUCAAACGAGUCACGAAUAGAGCUACUACAUCUAAAAACAAUCGAAAAUAUUUAAUAGUGGGUCAUGGUCUAUCAGGAAAAUCAGUAUUUAGUACCUAUCUCAUGAAUGUAUUAUUGAAUGAUCAUCCAAAAGUAGCAUUUUUAGAUUUAAACAUUAAUGUUCCUUCACAUGGUGUGAGAGGUACCAUGUCUCUAUCGAUUCACACAAGUUCAACAUUUGGACCAUUAUAUAAUUCACAAAAUUUUGAAGAGAAUGAAUUAAUUGAUUGGUGUUAUCAUGGACAUGCAUCUACGGAUAUUCAAAUGGAAACAUAUAUUCACCAAUCAAUGAACUUGUAUCAACUCUAUAAGAAGAAAUUUAAAGACAUUCCAUUAGUAGUGAAUACUCACAGUUUACUUCCAUCCAGUGGAUAUCAAAUUGUGUUGGAACUUGCUCGAUUAUUUUCACCCAUUGAUAUUGUUAUAUUGAGUAAUUUUAAAAAUCCAUCCUAUAGUCCUUCUCCAUCUGGUCCAUUACAUCAUGAUGCCUUGAAUAAUCGAUUAACAUUUAUUCAAUAUAAUCAUCAUUAUACCAACGAGAACAGUACAAUGCAAAAAACACUGUUUAUUCUCAAUUCAAAACAAGCCUAUAGAAAUCACUACUUUUCUAAAAUUAAUAUGCAACACUUUUGGUACUUUUCAAGAUAUUACUCCACACAGGAAUUUCUUCAUCGAUUCAACCCAUUUUUGAAUACGAUUUUAGAAGGUAACAACACGUUGGCAACCAACUCAACGACUAUGAACUACUCCCAAAGUAUAUAUCAAUUUUUCUCUGAACUUACUCCUUGUCGAAAAAUCAAAUGGAAUUCUCUAAUCAUUACGUUAUUGAAUAUGGAUCCGAGUGAACUCUCUCAAGGUCUCUAUCAUCUCAAUGCUUCAUUUGUAGGAAUUUACAAGUUCAUGACAACACAUCAGAACAAACAAAAGAAUUCCUUCUAUUCUACUCUAUCUCAACACCAUACCAAGUCUGAUUAUCCUCUCAUGACACUCAAGACAAGCACUGAACUUGACACUCAAUUCAUCGGAAUUGGUUUUGUGAAGAAGAUUUGUCCCUAUGAGAAGGUGAUUUAUUUGUGUGCUCCCUUGAAAGAAGAUGAAGAGAUUCAUCAUUUAACAGUGGGUACCUGUGUGUUUGAUUUCAAUCCUGAGGAAAGUAAUAUUGGAAACAAGAAUCAUUGUACAUCCAUAUCUUCUUCCUUGUCGCCAUCUACUUUUGGUCUUUCUAAUAGCUCUAUGAUGGCAACACAUCAUCAACCUUACUUUCAAUACAAAUCCAUGACCAUUGAUAAGGGAGAAAUAUUACUGAACGCUCAUCGAGUAAAACUCGAACAACAAAUGCAACAACAUUAUUCUUCAAACAAACAAUAG